UGCCCCACUCUAAUCGUUGGUGAGGUUGUCGGACUUUGUUCUAUGAUGACCCUUGAUAGGAUUUUAAGAAGAACACCAGGGAUAAAGGCGGAUACCGAAGACAGAUUCACUCACAUGACAGUACUUAGGACAGGGGGAGUCGGAGGGGCGUGAGACAUGACGGUUCGUGGAGAAAGCUGACCACCGGCAAAGAAAGUUUGCCCACAGUUGCCGCGCCAUAACCACGCUGCACCGAGAGCUGAUCUCACCGGUAACAAAACGGUCUUCUUUGAACAGUUUGGUUGAGCAGGUUGCUGCCAUGGACGGCCAUGUGGGCUUACAGCAGCCGCAGCAGAGGAGGAGCAGCCACAUGGGUCUGCAGAGGUGCGCGCUGGCAUUGACGCUGCUGCUGCUGCUGUUCGAGGUCAUCGUCAGCCGCCUCUGCAACUGCCUCACCAACAUGGUGGACUCCUUCCACACGCUCUACCUCCUCCUCCACCUGGCGCUUCAGCACCUCCAGGCUAGACAGCCCCCUCUGGCCUCCUCCUCCACCUCCUCCAUCGCCCCUUCUCCCAGUCCUGCAAACUCUUUUCCAUCAAGCACAAUCCCACACAACAGCCUGCACAAAGAAUUGAAUGUGGCCCCUGGAGCCCUCCACCCUGACCCAGGCACCAUCACGGACCCACCCACUAGUGAACACGCCACCACCACCAAUGUCAACACCUCCUCCUCCUCCUCCACCUCCUCGCCUUCUUCCAUCGCGCCUUCUCCCAGUCCUGCAAACUCUCUUCCAUCAAACGCAAUCUCACACAAUAGCCUGCAGAGUGACUUGAAUGUGACAUCCCAAACGCCUGCUGCUGCUGCAACCCCCACACCCAAUCACGACACAGCCCCUGAAGCCCUCCACCCUGACCCAGGCACCAUCACCGACCCACCCACUGAUGAACACUCCACCAUCACCACCACCACCACCACCAUCAACGCCAACGUCAACCACAACUGCAACUACAUUCCUGCAAACUGCCUUCCAGACCCUGAAGCCCUCCACCCUGACCCUGACACCAUCACCGCCCCACCCACUACCACCACCACCACCAUCAAUGCCAACGUCAACCACAACUGCAACUACAUUCCUGCAAACUGCCUUCCAGACCCUGAAGCCCUCCACCCUGACCCUGACACCAUCACCGCCGCACCCACUAGUGAACACUCCACCACCACCACCAACGUCAACUCCUCCUCCUCCACCACCUCCAGGUCUCCGCUUCUCUCGGAGCCGUCCGUGGUGGCGCGUCUGCAGCCGUUCGGGGCGCUGGUGUCAGCGCUGCUGGUGGCCUCGCUGUGCGUGUCCGUCACGCUGGAGAUCCUCCACCACGUGCUGCAGCCGCACCCCCUGCAGCGCCCCCUGCUGGCCACUGUGGCCAGUGCGCUCAGCCUGCUCUUCAACGCGGCCGUGCUGGCCGUCGCUUGGGGCCGUGGCGGUCGGCCCCUGGGGGCCCCAGCAACAGCAGCAGCAGUAGCAGCGGACGUCGGAUCAGAAACCCUUGCUACCUCUACAUCAACAACGGGAUCCAGGAUGGGGUCGAAUCAUUCAGUGAUAGCUCUCGAAAAUGUCAGAAGAGACGAGCAGCUCCACGCAGACCUUGGAGAUGGAGAUGGCUCCCUGAUGUUCUGCAACCCUGCAGCAUCCAGUGUGCUCGAUGGCAAGCACGUGCCCUUCGCACCAUCCACUGUACGGUACAGCAAGCAUGUGUCCUUCGCAAUCCCAGCAGCCCCGGGGUGUGACCGUGGCGGUGUGCGACCCUCUGGAGAACCAAAUGCCGUUGUUGAUGGACAUCUGAAUAACCUUUCUCGGAGCCAGCAGUCCAAUGCUGUGGGGCUGGAGGAUGGUCUCUCUCGGGUUCCCGUAUACACUGCUCAUCCUCGCAACAGUGGUAAUUCAGCAUCCCUGUACAACAGUCACCUGUCAACACCCUUCGGAGCGCCCUCCACAACAGUUCAGCGUGGGACCAGCCGUCUGUAUGACAGGAUGACUCUCCUCCGAGACCUGCUGUGCCCAUGCCUGGCCCUGGCCAACGCCCUGGCAUCGCUGCUGGGCACCCCGGACUGCCACCCCCCACAGGAGUCGUGCAGCAGCUUGGUCUACCUGGACCCGGCCCUGUCCACCGCGGCCGUGCUGGUGCUGCUGGCGUUCGCCCUGCCCGAGGUGCACCGUCUGGGGCUGCUGCUGCUGCAGAGCCGCCCCCCGCAGCUCAGCGUGCCGGAGCUCAAGAGCAGCCUGGUGGGCCUACAGGGCGUGGUGGGCGUGCACGAGCUCCACGUCUGGCAGCUCAACGAGAGCUGCUGGGUAGCCUCCGUGCACGUGCACGUAAACGUGAACGUGUGCGGGUCGGGGUGCGGAUGCGCCUGUCACCGGUCGGCAGCGCUGAAUAAAGUGGUGGAGGGGAUGACGGAGAUUCUGCGCCGUGCCGGGGUGAGCGUGUGCACGGUCCAGCCAGAGGUGUUCAUUGAGAGGGCGGGCGGGGAGAUGGCUGUGCCACCAGUUGAGGCUGGAGGUCUAAGAGAUUGGCCCUGCAGUCUGGCCUGUGGAGAGGAGUGUGAGAAGAAGAAGUUGCUGUGCUGUUCACCAGCCAAAAAACAAGACAAAAGGGAUACUACUCCCUCUAGUGGUGGGAAGGCUCAGGGCAUAAUCUUCGAGAACACUCAUGUGGAACACUAAACAUGAUCAUAGCAGUUCACAAUAGAUCCAAAUGUAAAUGUUGUAUGACUUGUAGAGACUCUUUUUUACCCUCUUGCUUGUAUAUAUUGACAUGGUCUGUAUUCAUCAAUGUACAUUUUGAGGAUGACUGUUAAACCUGUUUAAUCACUAUUCUUUGCUGUGGUCGUGAUCAGUCUCAGAGGAAUUUGCAUUUCCUUUCCCAAUGGUCAAUGAAUGUUAAUGAAAAAUAAUAAUACAAGCAAACA